AUGGCGGAUACCAAUGCUGACUGGUCUACGGACUCGAACAAAGCCAUCAAUAUCUCUCUGGUCAACUCUAGUGGUCAAGGAAUCAAGACGCUUUACAGCUUCAAUCCAAAGAUGACAUAUCAAAUCUUUGGAGAGGAGGAAAGCAUCUUUGGUUACCAAGGCUUGAAGAUCAACCUCAGGUACAAUGCCUGCGACAUGCGCCCGGGUUUGCAGAUUACAUACGGCAAAAAGUUCAAGACCAUUGGGGAGACGGAGCCGACUGAUUUAAAGGCUAUAAUGGAAGAAUUCUUGCCGAAGACUGCCUUCGAGAAGUCCAACGUGUUCGAAUCGACCAUAGCAGACUCUAGCUAUGAAAACUUCCAGCCUCCGGGAGAGUUGUGGCAGACUAUGGAAGCUGGUGGUCAAACAUACGAAAUCUGGAAGGGUAAUCUUGCUGAUAUGGCCGUUCAACAACUGGUGAAGCGCAUCCAAAUCCUUGUGCUAUUUUAUAUUGAGGGUGGUAAUUAUAUUGAACUCAGAGAUGCGGACACGACACUCGAACGCUGGACAGUCUUCUUUCUUUACCAGAAGAAGACAGUUGAUGUUGAUCCAAAAACAUCUCCAUACGUUUUUAUGGGUUACUCGACCGUCUUCCGCUACUUCUAUUACCAACCUAUCACACCACCUUCCUCCCCUCCGGCGAAGAAACAACGCAUUUCCCGUGAAGCAGAUCUGGAUUUCCAACUGCCCCUCCCCGAGCUUCAAUUCUCUGAUUUCACAUGCCGUUCAAGGAUAUCUCAAUUCGUUAUACUACCACCAUUCCAAGGAGGCGGAAAUGGUUCCCGUUUGUAUAACUCUAUCUUUGACUGCUAUCUUGGGGACCCCAAAACACUCGAGAUUACAGUUGAGGAUCCGAACGAAGCCUUUGAUGAUUUGAGAGACCUCAAUGAUUUAGCUCGUCUACGGACAGUUCCAGAAUUCUCUGCUCUUCGAAUCAACACUGAGGCAGCACCGCGAGCCAAAGGUCCUGUCCCAAACGACAUAAUCGAUUCCGAAAAGCUCGAGAAGAUCCGAACAAGCAUGAAAAUCGCCCCAAGACAGUUCGCGAGGCUAGUUGAGCUGCAGCUUCUGUCUCGAAUCCCAAGUAAUAUUCGGCAGUCACUGCUUGUAGAGCGUCCAACUAGCACGGUACCAGACCUCAAAACAAAGCAACAUGAAUACCGCCUCUGGAAACUGUGGACCAAGUCGCGGCUGUACAGACAUAACAAGGAUACGCUCAUACAACUGGAUCGUGUGGAGAGAAUUGAGAAGCUCGACGAGGCGCUUGGCAGUGUAGAAGCUGAUUAUGCUAGACUUUUGAGAGCUUUGCAUCAGCGGCAGGAUAGCAAGACGGAGGCUGCGUCAUCAACUGGAAAGAGACCUCCCCCAGAUGGAGACGCGGAUGAUGGAGAGCCAUCUUCUAAAAAGGCUAAAUUUGCAUAG